GUGUUGACUGUGCUGAAGGCUCCGAGCAAGAUUUUUGAUUUUCUGAUUGCCUAAGCAGAACCUUCACUGUGCUGAAAAGAAAACAGAGUUUUGUCAGUGGAAGCAGCUCAAAGACAAACUAAGAACAGAAGGAGCUGAAUGCACAAAUACUCGGCGUCACUUUCACGCCUUCGGACACCACGAGGGACAGUUUACGGUUUACUGACCCUGUGGGUCACCAGCGACAGCUAAUCGCUUCUCUGAUGUUGUUUCCAUGCAUCAGCAGUGCUUUCUGCGGGUCUGACUGCUGCUGGACUCAAACUGAGCACUUCUCACUUGUGUUUUCACGGCUUCACUUUCAGCCUCGGUAACAGCGAGCAUCAUCUGCAUGUAAAUGAGGCAGUCAGUCUCAGCUCUGUGAGCGCCGAAAGCCCGACAGAAAGGUCAAAGGCGGCGGCUCAUUUUUCACGUCAGGCCGAGGGCAGCGAAGUGGAGACGGAGACGAGCCGACGGCUGAAACCAGCUCAGGGCCGUCAAACCUCCGGCCAGCCUUUGAGCCAGUCAUCGCUCAGUGCCUCCCAGGAUGAGGAAAGCUUGGAAAACGCUGAACGCUGCCUCCGUGCAGGUUGGCUGGCUGUAGGAGGCGAUCUGGCUCUGGUCCUGGCAGCAGAUACCCUGCUGGAGUAACAGAUGGCCCAAUGCAUCAUGGGAGCUACUGUGUCCACAAAUAUCCGAUUCAGUCUUAAAUAGUACAGGAAGGUGCAGGUUGAACACAAUCUGUCGACACAAUCAAGACGAGCCAGUGGUUUACCUGAAUGUGAUUGUCUUCAGCUCCUGGUUCAGAUGCUGGUCUGAAGCCUGUUUGGUAACACGGAGGUCCGAACAGCGAACCCGUGUGGAGUGACUGACAGUCUAAUUAGUGUUGGCAGGAAGUGUCUUCUGUGUGUUCUGGACGGUGCAGCACUGCUAUGUUCCUCACCGUGUACCUCAGUAACAACGACCAGCACUUCAGCGAGGUUCCCAUCACGCCGGAGACGCUCUGCAGAGAUGUGGUGGAGCUCUGCAAGGAGCCCGGAGAGGCAGACUGCUACCUCGCCGAGAUGUGGAGAGGCUCAGAACGCGUGGUCGGAGAAGCAGAGCGGAUGCUGGAGGUGUUGCAGCGAUGGGGGCAGCAGAGGGGGGAGGUGCGUUACCUCCUGCAUCACCAGAGAGCUCCAGGACGAGAGCCAGGUGGGUCCAGAGCUGCAGAUCAGAUGAUGAAGAGGAACCAAGUGAAAACAUCUGUGGACAGAUGUCUGGAGAACGGGGUCCCUGUGGCUCGUCUGGACGUGACGCUGAGCGACCUGCAGGAUCUGGCGACCCGACAGCAGCAGCAGAUCAAAGCCCAGCAGCAGCUGCUGGCUUCCAAGGAGCAGCGGCUGCGGUACCUGAAGCUGCAGGAUCAGCGGCAGCAGCAGCAGCAGGAGGUGUCGGACCAGGAGCGACUGCGGCAGCUCAGAGAAAACGCACAGAACCAGGAGGCCAAGCUGCGGCGGGUCCGGGCCCUCAGGGGCCAGGUGGAGCAGAAACGCCUCAGCAACAGCAAACUGGUGGAGGAGAUCGAGCAGAUGACCGGUCUGUUCCAGCAGAAGCAGAGGGAGCUCCUGGUCGCCGUGUCAAGGGUGGAGGAGCUGAGCGGCCAGCUGGAGGCGCUGAGGAGCAACAGACUGGAGCCUCCUCUUCCUCCGCCUCUUCCUCAUCAUCACAACACCACAUCCUCCACAGCUGAACUGGAGCGCCUCUAUAAAGAGCUGCAGUUUAGGAACAAGCUGAACCAGGAUCAGAGCGGCAGGCUGCAGCAGCAGAGGGACAACCUGAACAAGAGGAACCUGGAGGUGGCGGCGAUGGACCGUCGGCUGGCCGAGCUCCGACUGCGACUCUGGAAGAAGAAAGCUGCCCUGCAGCAGAAGGAGAACCUGCCAGUGGCUUCAGACGGGGUGGCCCCUCAGCAUGGUGUGGUCUCCAGAGUGGCGGCGGUGGGGCCAUACAUCCAGUCAUCCACAACAAGCUCUCAGGGGCCUCCGGUGCCGGUCCGCCAGGAGGUUCUGGUGAAGCCGGCGUACCCGGACGGCACCACCACCCUGCCCAUGCCCGACUCGUUCCUGAGGCCGCCUCCCAGACCAGUCAAACCAGCCUCAGGUUUCACCACAUCAAAGAUAAGCAAACUGUCUGACUGGAGCGGCUCGUCUGAGUCCGGUGGAGGCUACAGCCACGCCUCAACGCUGCCUCGCAUGUCCAGCCUCAGCUGCCACAACUCAGGUGGUAAGACCCUCACGAACCAGAAAGGCCUCUCUGAGAGGGACAGCCCGCCCCCCAUCCCCUCACGGACUAACCACACCACUGAGAACCUGCUCAGGGACAGCCAGGUAUCCUCCCUGGUUUUCACUGCCUCAGGUAAAGGUCUGUCCAAGGUGGGGGCGCCACCUCCAGUUCCCAGCAAGCCCAAACCGUCCUCGUCUGGCCCGUCAACCUUCUCCAAGCCCGCAUACAGCACCGGGACCUUCCCUGGAAAGGUGCGUCCAGCUGGGGGCCACUUCAGGGCUCCGGGAGUGCUCUCCAGCCACACCCUCCCUCUACCCAACAAGCAGGAGAGUCCGCCAGCUGCUGCCAUUCGACCUUAUACCCCCGAUCUUUCUGAUGCUCCGCCCCCUGUGCUGCAGAAACCACAGACUGUGGCGGCCUCAUCCAUCUACUCCAUGUACACCCAGCAGGCCGUGCCAGGGAAGGGCUACCAACCGAGCGGCCAGGGCACACUGCCCCGCAGCCAGCCCAGAGUGUAUGGGAAACCAGUCCUCCCAGCCAGUGGGGGGCAGCAGGCUGUCACCUCAGACGGCCCUGUUGUGAAUCCUGGCACUUGUGUUUGUGACGGGACUGAGGCUGACAACAGUUUCCAGGGUGAAGGCGUCGGAGCAGAGACGGCAGAACGCACCACCCCACGACCGCUCAGCCCCACCAAGCUCCUCCCCUUCCUGUCCAACCCUCACAGGAACCCCAGCGACGCCGACCUGGAGGCCCUGCGGCGCCGACUGCACCACGCCCCCCGGCCCCUGAAGAAACGCAGCUCCAUCACUGAGCCUGAGGGCCCGGCAGGACCCAACAUCCAGAAGCUGCUCUAUCAGAAAACCACUCUGGCUGCCAUGGAAACCAUCCCCAUGGAGACCGUUGUGCCAGCAGGGACUCAUCCUGAGUUUCACGAGGAUGGCGUGGAUGGUGCAGAUGCACCGUUCAAGGUUGACGACCAGCAGAUGCUCGCUGGGAGCCCAGAGGAAAGCUUGACCCCGCCCCCUCUGCCCCCUCGCUCACCCAUCCCUGACCCCACCCCCUGCUGCUCCCUGCCCCCCCCUCUGGAGGACAAGGAGGAGGAGGAGGAGGACAGGUGUCUUUCUGCCUCAGUCCCCCAGGACUACUUUGCAGAGGAGUUCCCCCCCUACCCACCCCCACCUUACCCCACCUGUGGUGAGGGGGAGCAGGGGGAUGAUGCCCUCAACCUGCAGCCUCCAGAGGUCACAGGACAGGUCGCGGUGCCCCCAGGUAAGAAGUCGAUCCUCCGGAAAGCCAGCUCGGACCGGAUCGACCGCAGCGUGCGGGUCAAGUUCAACCCUCUGGCCCUGCUGCUGGACGCGUCUCUGGAGGGCGAGUACGACCUCGUCCAGCGAGUCAUCUACGACGUUGAGGACCCCAGCAUGCCGAACGACGAGGGCAUCACCGCGCUGCAUAACGCCGUCUGCGCCGGCCACGGCGAGAUCGUCAAGUUCCUGGUUCAGUUUGGUGUCAACGCCAACGCUGCAGACAGCGACGGCUGGACUCCCCUCCACUGUGCUGCAUCCUGUAACAACGUUCAGGUCUGUAAGUUCCUGGUGGAGUCCGGGGCUGCCGUGUUUGCCACCACAUACAGCGACCAGCAGACAGCUGCAGACAAAUGUGAGGAGAUGGAAGACGGCUAUGCCCAGUGCUCUCAGUUCCUCUAUGGUGUUCAGGAGAAGAUGGGCGUGAUGAACCGAGGCGUGGUGUACGCCUUGUGGGACUACAAACCUCAGAACGAUGACGAACUCGGUUUCAGUGAGGGCGACUGCAUGACGGUGCUGCGACGGGAGGACGAGGUGGAGACUGAGUGGUGGUGGGCGAGAUGUGGUGAUCGUGAGGGCUACAUCCCCCGAAACCUGCUGGGGCUGUAUCUGAGGAUCAGGCCCCGGCAGAGGAGCCUGGCUUAACCGACCGCUGACGAGUCGAAGUGUGGAGGAGGAGGAGGAGGAGGAGGAGGAGGAGGAGGAGGAGCAGACCAGCAAACCCCUGUUUGUUUUCUGAACUGCGUUGGACCUGUUUGGUUUGUCAAACUCAGCAUGAAGAAUGUCCCCGCGAACUGCUGGAGAGACAGAAGAAGACACAGGAGUCCGUCUGUGGUAACAAACGAACAGUCGAUGAGUCGUGUUAUCUUGUAAUUCUUUUAAAAAUUUUUCUUUUAUUUUAUCAAAGGAAACAGUUAAAAACUAAAGCAAAUGUGACAGGAGGCCACCAUCUUUGACUUCUGUGUUGAGCUGUUUAAGAUUAGAGUCCCUUGAGUUUCUUACAGCGUUCGCCAAAUGCAGGAAAUAUUGGAGUUAAAGCAAAUCUUACAAGCUGUUAAAUCUUAAAAGUUCUAACAGCCUGUAAUUGUUCUGCACCAAAGUGUUGGUUUUGUACAAAGCCCCAAAUAUCCCAAAUUCUUUUUUUUUCUUUUGUUUUUUUAGUACAGGUGUCACCUGUCAACAGGUAACAUUUUUUAUUCAUUUUUUAAUAAAGUGUAGCCAGACAGUCUUUGUGGUUUGUUGCAGAGUUGAUCACAUCCAGCUCGGGGCCUCAGUGAGUCCAGUCUGUUAAGGUUAGUUGGACAUUGAUGUCGCUGAUGAUCCUCGGACUCCCACAGGAUGUUAAUGUGUGUUCAGCAAAAGCUCUUGUUGUGACAGAAUGUAAAAGUUUCUUCUUUUGUUAUUCAGGUUUUAUUCGACAGUUUUUGUUCUGCUGCAGCAGUUUGUCAUUUUUAAAAGGUUAAUAAAAUCAGAAGCAGA